GCGACCACGCGUUUACACCUUUGCAAGCCCAGAUACCGACCACCGAACGCUUCAUCGCAUCCUAAAAUGACAAACAAAUUAGUGAUACAUCUAUCUACUAUGAUAAAUUAGGCGAGAGUUUGAUAUGAAAGUAAUCUUGCGAAGGCCACACCUCCUUGUAACACUGGGCGCACUUGCACGUGCGAAUCUGUGUAAACGACACACGAACGACUCUCACCCACUCACACACGCAUAGCCGCCAGCCUCAUCGCAAUCAAUUCCAAACAGCAAACAUAUUGACUGAUACUCGCACGAUUUACACCACUUGUCGGCGACAGUGGCACAACAUCGCCGCUGGGGCGGUCAGCGGUGCUCGCAAUAACAACCUGCGAACAUAUUGCAGCGAGAAUAAUCGUCCAGGAGGAGGUCUCCGGAGUUAGCUGGGAACAUGACAGGCUGCAGCUGGUUUUAAGUCGCACAGCACGCAGGCAGAGCGUCGGUGAUGCGCGGUGCGAGCUGGUGCAGCGUAUACAAGGCGCUCUUCCUUCUUAUUGUGGGCCUGAUUGUAAUGGAGUACCUGUUUGGCACCACCAUGGAGUACAAGAAGUGGGAGAGGUGGGGUGAAUCUGUUUUCACCACCAACAACACUAGAACAAUUGAUACUUUUCAUAGUCCACUACUUUUAAAAAGCUUGCUUCGCAAACGCAACGACACGGCAGCGGUUUUGCCAGUGCCGCCUAUCUCAGCUUCCCUCGUCAGUCCGAAUCAGUCGGAACCGAAUGCAACGAACGUAUCGCAGCCGUCGCACAACGCAAUCAACGACGAAAUGUCCAGUCCGUCGUUUAAUUUAACUUCCAGCACAUCGGCAAGUCCGACCAACAUUUCCAGCCUGGGGAAUGUUACCAACGAGCAGCCGCUAUGCGCCGACAACCCGCCAGACUUGGGCAAUGCCGUCAAAGUAUUAAAAACCGACGCGCCGUCGGUGCUCGAAUUAGAAGCCCGAUUUUCGUGGCUGGAGCCUGGGGGGCACGGUCAUCCGGUGACGUGCCGCGCGUUGAAAAAAGUCGCCAUUGUAGUGCCGUUUCGCUGUCGCGCCGAACACUUGCUGCUCUUCCUGCAGCACAUGCAUCCGUUUCUGCGCCGACAGCAGAUUGACUACGCCAUCUUCGUGGUUGAACAGGAUGGACGUGGACCGUUCAAUCGAGCUGCGCUCAUGAACGUUGGUUUCGUCGAGGCGAGCAAGACCGACAAUUUUGACUGCUUUAUCUUUCACGAUGUCGAUUUGCUGCCGGAGGACGAACGGAAUUUGUACACAUGUCCCGAAAUGCCGAGGCACAUGAGCGUCGCCGUCGACGUAUUCGAAUAUGCUUUGCCGUAUAGGGAAAUUUUCGGUGGUGUAAGUGCGAUUACCACGAAGCAUUUUCGACUGCUCAACGGCUUCUCGAAUUCGUUCUGGGGCUGGGGCGGCGAGGACGAUGACAUGUCAAAUCGUAUUCGUUACCAUAAUCUGUACAUUUCACGCUAUCCGAAGACAAUCGCGAAGUACACAAUGCUUGCGCACAAGAAAGAAAAAGCAAAUCCUGACCGAUAUGAGGCACUGAAGUCCGGCAAGCUCAAAUACGACACAGACGGCCUCUCCAACCUACAGUAUACGCUCAUGCAGCGAAAGGACAACAAGCUGUACACAUGGUUGCUGGUGCACGUAGGCCCGCCGAGAUGAUGGUACGAGAAGGUGCGAAACUGGCUAGGCGCCUGAAAGUCCGCCAGAUAUAUGAAUCAUUCCGAAUGUUUGAACUCGUUGAGUACGUUGGCCAAAUUUUCUAGUCUUACCAAUCGCUUACUAUUAAGUAAAUCUGUGAUAUCAUUAUGUUACUUAGUCUUAACACCUGAUGAGAUUAUGUGAGAAUGUGCGAUAUUAAUAGAUUUAAUUCGACCGAAUAUUGAUUUGGAAAACACCGCACAAUGCAAUUUAUAAUAUAGCGAUUCCUCGUCAAUCAAA